AACUCAUGUCCUUAAUUUGUGUUCGAACUUGGCACGGUGAACAGUGAACACUACCCUCUCAGCGAACCGACCCAUAAACUCUUCUUCAACCUUUCAACUCGUCUCCUUCUUCGCGAAAAAUGUCGAACCUCAGUCUCCUCCGUAAGGCUCUUGGAUCAAAUUUCAUUUCUCGACCGGCGACGUCAAAUCAUGAACUUCCUCUGUUUUUCCGCCAAUCUCCAAGAUUCUUCUCCACGGAACGGGAACAACCCCCACCUGAGUCCUCCCCCAAUCGUUUUUCCGAUAAAUCAAAUACAGAUGGUUUUAUGUAUGGAAAAUUGUUCGGUUUCUCACGGAGUACUCUAAAAACGGAUGUGCUCAUUUUGCUUGAAGGAUGUAAUUUGAGUUUGGAUGAUAUCAAAUUUGAAUACAGUCGAAAUUUCUUCCCAGUCUCUAUGAUGAUCCAGUUCCCCUCCCAGCAGGCCUAUCAACAUGCUUUUCAAGCGAUUGCAAGAAAAGGUUUCUUGCACAGAUUGGAGCGGGCUGAUCGUUCACAGUGGGAGCUGCUUUCACCUUACAAUGGAAAAACUGUCUUUCUGCAAGGAAUACCUCGAAAUGCAUUGGUAGAAGAUGUGGAGCGCUUCUUAUCUGGCUGUGACUAUGAUGCAAGCUCAAUCAACAUUUACAGGGGAUCCUUUUCAGAGCCCACAAAAAUGGCAACGGUGCAGUUCCUUUCACCAAUACAAGCAAUGCAUGCAUUUCUCACAAAGAACAGAGGCUUUUGUCUGAACAACCAAAUUUCUAUGCAAGUUCUCCAAUAACUAGCAACUCUUAUCAUAUCCUGACUUUUUUUUUUUUGUUGGCUCAGUGGCUGAGAUUUUUGCAGUAGGUCUUAUAAGUUAUGAUUUGCAUCUUCGUAUCUCAAGUCUCCAGUAGGUUAUCCACAUUCAAAGUGACCUGAAAUCUUUCAUUCUUCACUUAUUAGCAGUUUGUUUGUGCUAAAGAAUCUGCUUUUGUAAGGUAGGGGUUUCUGAACUUUGAAUAUUGAAUUUAUAUGAAUAAUAUAAGGUUGUCCAAGCUUCUAGUUAUACUAAA